ACGAGACUUGUGGAGUUCUGUGAUAGAGGAAGUUGCUCUUUAGUUCCUAACAUGUAGUUUAAUUAUAUAGGAUAAUUUGAACCACAGUCAUGCUGACGUUUUGCCCCGUGUGUGCCAAUGUGCUGGUGGUGGAAGAGGGACAAAAGUGCUUCAGAUUUGCAUGUAAUACUUGUCCUUACGUAUAUAAUAUACAGCAAAAAAUUACAAACCGCCAUUACCCCAGGUUGAAGGAGGUGGAUGAUGUGCUGGGAGGAGCUGCUGCAUGGGAGAAUGUGGACUCUACUGAAGAGGCUUGUCCUAAAUGUGCGCACCCCCGAGCAUUUUUCAUGCAGAUCCAGACGCGGUCCGCUGAUGAACCAAUGACGACAUUUUACAAGUGCUGCGACAUGAAGUGUGGGCACCAGUGGAGAGAGUGACAUUUUGUGGCUGAGGUCAAAGGUCAGGAUCUGAGGCCAGGUCAGAGGUCAAGAUCAGAAGUCAAGUUGAAUUGUUUAAAUCUUGCUCACAAUAAAUGGAAAAAAAAAGAUGGUGGUCAAAAUCAGGAUCAAAAGCAGGAUUGUUAAAAGAUGGGUAAAGAUUAAAGGUCAAACUUGAUGAAGAGGUCAUUUUUGGCAGGACACGUGAGAUGGAGCAACCAGAAGGACAAAAAGAUUGACUUAACACUAACAGAACAAUAAGCAGAAUAUUGUGAGAAAUUUGAGCUCAUGUUCUGGAAAUGAUCAUCUUCAAAGCUUGGUUCUUAUUUUAGCUCCUUUACACUGAUUACUAUAAAUACAGUUAAUCUCCACAGAAACGCUACACCACAAAAGAUGUUGUAAAUGAAAGAUCUGGAAGUGCUGUAUCUGAAAUGCGUAUAAAAAUAAAAAAAAA